CUCUUUCGACUGUCAAACCCUUUUUUUUUUUUAAAAAAAAAAAAAACCUCUUCUCCUUCAUUCAUUAGCAUCCUCGUCCUCAUCCCACUUUUACCACAACACAAGCAUAGCAAAAUCAAACAAACAUCAAGUUUCUUCUUUUAAUCUAAAUCCCAUAAUCCCACCUCCAAAAAAACCCACCUUCAAUGGCUUCUAUUUGCAUAAAUGAGAAAUUAACAGAUGAUGAACUAAGAUCAAUAUUAUCAAAGCUAGAGAAUGAUAAGGACAAGGAGAUAUUUGGGCUGGUUUGUAAGAGAUGGUUAGGUUUGCAGAGUAAUGGAAGGAAGAGACUUGCUGCUAGAGCUGGACCUCACAUGCUUCAAAAGAUGGCUGCUAGGUUUUCUAGAUUGAUUGAAUUGGACUUGUCUCAGUCUGUUUCAAGGUCUUUCUAUCCUGGUGUUACUGAUUCUGAUCUUGCUGUUAUUGCUGAUGGUUUUAGAUGCUUAAAGGUCCUGAAUUUGCAGAAUUGUAAAGGUAUCUCAGAUAAGGGAAUGUCAUCAAUUGGAGGUGGUCUUUCAUCUCUACAGUCCUUGAAUGUAUCCUAUUGCAGAAAGCUAACAGACAAGGGAUUGUCAGCUGUUGCUGAGGGCAGUCAAGGUCUGCGAAGCCUGCAUCUUGAUGGAUGCAAACUUGUUACUGAUGAAGUACUAAAAGCUCUUUCUAAGAACUGUCCAAAUCUAGAAGAGUUGGGCCUGCAAGGUUGUACCAGCAUAACUGACUGUGGACUUGCAGAUCUUGUCAGUGGAUGCCGGCAGAUUCAUUUCUUAGAUAUCAAUAAAUGCAGUAAUGUGGGGGACAGUGGGGUUUCCACUGUUUCAGAGGCAUGCUCAUCUUUCAUGAAGACACUAAAGCUGAUGGAUUGUUUUAGAGUUGGGAACAAGUCUAUUUUAUCUCUGGCCAAGUUUUGCAAAAAUCUGGAAACCCUCAUCAUUGGUGGCUGUAGAGACAUCUCUGAUGAGUCUAUAAAAUCCUUGGCCACUUCCUGUCAAAGCAGUUUGAAGAACUUGCGCAUGGACUGGUGUUUAAACAUCUCAAACUCGUCAAUAAGCUUCAUCCUCACUAAGUGCAGAAACCUGGAGGCUCUUGAUAUUGGGUGCUGCGGGGAGGUUACAGAUGCUGUCUUUCAUGGUUUAGGGGCUAUGGAAACCGAAAUGAGGCUAAAGGUUUUGAAAAUCAGUAGCUGCCCAAAGAUCACAGUGACUGGGAUAGGCAUGCUUUUGGAUAAAUGCAACUCUUUGGAAUACCUUGAUGUAAGGUCCUGCCCGCACAUUACCAAGUCAGGUUGUGAUGAGGUUGGAUUGCAGUUCCCUGACUGCUGUAAAGUGAAUUUCAAUGGAAGUUUAAAUGAGCCAGACGUUCUACUGUGAGACCAUUGAUUUCAAUAGUUUGGAACUCUGGGGAUAUUCUUUCUGCAAUAACUCCUAUAUAAUGCUCUCCUGCACAGAUCAGUUAGGAUACCAGAAUGAGGACAUUUGCAUGGUCAUCGCCAGAAUGGUUAUGCAUCUUAUGCAUGCACACUGUUUCCUCUAUUGUUUGUGCGUCUAUCUUUCUUAUCCUCUUGUUUUCUCUUUCUACAUCUUCCGGCUGUGUAAGAUGGCUGUUGAAAGAUGUUUCCUUCAUCUUCAGAGUUAUGGAUUCUGAUAUGUUAGUAUGCUUUGAUCCCACAAUUAUCUCUUUCUGAUGCUUCAUAUUGGAGAUUUCUUUUCUUGACUGCAA